AUGAAACCCUCCGCCAUGUUGUUGACGGGUUUAAUCCUUACUAUGCGUUCAGCAGCCCAAGACUUAAAUCAACAUGUCGAUGUUUUCAUGGGCUCUGAAAGUGGAGGAAAUGACUUCCCUGGCGUUGCCAGACCAUUCGGCAUGGUAAAAAUAGGCCCGGAUCUAUAUCAAUCUGGCUCAGACGCAUACUCGGGCUAUCUACCCACAGGCGAAUUCUCCGGCUUCAGUCUAAUGCACGAGCAAGGCACCGGCGGCGCCCCAAAAUAUGGCACCGUCUCGCAGCUCCCAUUAGUCGGCAAUAACAUCAGUGACCCGUUGUCUCAAAUCACAGUAGCCCGCAAUGGGACCGAUGAAGGUUCUGUGGGCUACUAUAAAGCUACCACGGGCCAGAGUGUCGAAGUCGAACUCAGUGCUUCGUCAAGGGCGGGGAUCUAUCGGUAUAAUUUCCCCGGUGAUUCUGCGGGGAAUAAUAUCCUGGUUGAUGUUUCGCAUGUUUUGCCUUCGUUUCGGGGGAUGGGCCUUGGUGGCCACUUCGAUACAAAGGCCGUGAGCAGCAAAGCAUUCACGGCCGUAGACUCGAUGAAGAGCGUCGAGAACCCCGAAGGCGAAGUUUCAUCCACGUCAGGCUCUACAAGAGUCGGCGGGCUAUUUACCUUCGAAGAGAGCGAGAUUAUCUCCCGAGUCGGUAUCUCCUGGAUCUCGACGGAGCAAGCAUGCGACAAUGUGGACCGUGAGAUCCCCAAGGGCACGGAUUUCACCUCUGUCGUCGACGACACUGUCUCCGAAUGGAACGAAAAGGUCUUCUCAAAGAUCAAGACCACCAGCACCAAUUCCGAUAGUCUUAAUCUCCUCUACAGCUCGCUCUACCACAUGCAUCUGAUCCCAACCAACCAGACCGACGAGAACCCAGGCUGGAAGUCCCGCGAACCCUACUAUCAGGACAUCUUUACCUUCUGGGACCUCUUCCGAUGCGCAACGGCCCUCAUGCAAGUCCUCCAACCAACCGCCUACGAAGAACAAAUCCGCUCUCUAAUCGACAUCUGGCGCCACGACGGCUAUCUUCCCGACGCCCGCUCAUCAAACUACAACGGCCGCACACAAGGCGGCUCAAACGCCGACAACAUCCUCGCCGACGCCUACGUCAAGGGCGUCCGCGGCUCCGUGAACUGGGCCGACGGAUACAAAGCGAUGGUCAAAGACGCUGAAACCACACCAGCAAACUACCCCAUCGACGCAAUGGCGCCGGACUCCUCGACACACCAAGGCCGCGGCGCACUUCCCGACUGGCUGAAUCUGGGCUACAUCACGCCCCGGUUCACGCGGGCUGUGACGCGGGCGGUGGAGUAUGCUUGUAAUGAUUUCGGCUUGUACCAGGUUGCGGUUGGGCUGGGGGAGGAGUCUGAUGCGCGGCGGUACCUGAAUCGGUCGAGGAAUUGGCGCAAUCAUUGGAAUCCAGACCAGAGUUCGCUAGGGUUUAAGGGGUUUGUCGUACCGCGUGAGCAGGAUGGGACGUUUUUGUCUAUUGAUCCGAAGCAGGGCGGGUAUUGGGGGGAUGCGUUUUAUGAGGAUGGGUCUUGGGCGUAUUCUUGGAAUGAUGUGCAUGAUAUGAAGCAUCUUGUUGAAUUGAUGGGUGGGGAGGAAAUGUUUGUUCAGCGGUUGGAUGUUAUGUUUGAUCAGGGGAUUUUCGACUCGAGUAAUGAGCCGAUGUUCAAUCUGCCUUAUCUGUACAACUACGUUGACCGACAGGAUCUGUCUGUGUCGCGGGCACGUCAGGUCGCCAAGGGAGACUAUCACACCGGGAAGUCUGGUCUGCCAGGAAAUAGUGAUGCCGGGGCAAUGCAGACCUGGCUGCUCUGGAACAUGAUCGGUCUGUAUCCGAUUACUGGACAGACCACCUUCCUGAUUCACUCGCCGUGGUUCGAAUCCAUGACGAUCGAUCUGGGGGCAGGUAAGACGUUGGAGAUUCUCUCAACAGGUGGAGAUGGCAACGGGGACAAUGACUACUACGUGCAGAGUCUGAAGGUGAAUGGUAAGAAGUGGGAGAAGAACUGGUUGACCUGGGAUGAUAUCUUUGCGCAGGGAGGCAGACUGGAGUUUGAGCUGGGGCCGACCGCAGUCAAUUGGACAAGCGGCGUGUUGCCACCGAGCCCAGCGUCGGAGUAG